AUGUGCUUAACAAUAGCCGCCUCUAGACUAGAAUCCGAUGUCUCUUACGCGUGUUCCAGACCACCCACGCGUGGCACGAAAUCCUUCCUAAAACAUUACAGAAAUGCCAGAAAAACCCACAAGUAUCUUCGUGAAUCACAGGGCACAGAUUCAGCAGCAUCAGGAGCAGCACCUGUCCUCACCUGCAGCCCAGAGCUCUGCUACCAGAACAUGACUCUGACCAGAUCCUGCGUGAAAGCCCCCUACUCGCCCGGACCCCGGCUCAUUCUCUACACACUGUUCAGCUUGGGGGCUGUGCUGGCCGUUUUUGGAAACCCUCUGGUGGUGAUUUCAAUCCUGCAUUUCAAGCAGCUGCACUCGCCAACCAAUUUUCUCAUCGCCUCUCUGGCCUGUGCUGACUUUCUGGUGGGGGUGACCGUCAUGCCCUUCAGCAUGGUCAGGUCUGUGGAGGGCUGCUGGUACUUUGGGCCAAGUUUCUGUACCUUCCACAUGGGCUGUGAUGUGGCAUUUUGUUAUUGUUCUAUCUUCCACUUGUGCUUCAUCUCCAUCGACAGGUACAUCACUGUUACUGAACCUCUGGUCUAUCCUACCAAGUUCACGGUGUCUGUGUCAGGGGCAUGCAUCGGCAUCUCCUGGAUCCUGCCUCUUGUAUACAGUGGUGCCGUGUUCUUCACAGGUGCUUAUGAUGAUGGACUGGAGGAAUUAUCUAGUGCCCUCAACUGUGUAGGAGGUUGUCAGACCAUUGUAAAUCAAAACUGGGUGUUGAUAGGUUUUCUAUCUUGCUUCACACCUAUUCUUGUUAUAAUAACUCUUUAUAGCAAUAUUUUUCUUAUGGGUAGACAACAGGAUAAAAAGGUUGAAGAUACUGGGGGCAAAAUAGAAUUUUCAUCAGCUAGUUGAUUUAUAUCCAGAGUGGUUAAGAGAGAGUGAAAAGCAAUGAAAACCCUGGGUAUCACUGUGGUAGCAUUUAUGACUUCAUGGUCACCGUAUAGUAUUGACUCAUCGAUUGAUUCUUUUAUAGGCCUCAUAACCCCUCCCAAAACUUAUGAGAUUUGCUAUUGGUGUGCUUGUUAUAACUCAGACAUGAACCCUUUGAUUUAUGUUUUAUUUUACCCAUGGUUUCGGAAAGCCAUAAAAGUUGUUGUGAAUGGUUGACUUUUCAAGGACAGUUCAGCUACCGUGAAUUUGCUCUCUGAACAAACGUAA